AUGCGAGGGCUCAGUGAACGCCAACAACUCAUCAGGGAGGUCUUCCUCAUCAUGGCGUACCAUCACAAUGAGGCAACCGAAGCAAUUCUCGAUGGCGUCAUGAAACUCCCAUCAAUCCCCAGCUUUGGUGCAAUUCUCUUUCCCGGCAAACCCAGCUUACAAUUUAUCUGGGAGAUGUUUUUUGAUGACAAAGCAGAAGUCGCCGAAAUUCUUGAGGAGUUACUUUCACAUCGAUUUUCGAGCUUGCGUACCACACCAACAACCCACAACGAUUACGACCUAGCCAAGCUUUUUGACAUGCGCGAUAACGACUUCAAACAAGCUGUCAGAACCACCAAAGAUGGAUUCCUUUGGCUGCUUGAUCAAAUCCGUCACCAUCCUAUAUUUUACAGCAAUAGCCCUCGGCCUCAGCUCCCCAUUCCCCAUCAAUUGGCCCUUACACUCGAACGACUUGGAUCUAACGGGAACGGUGCUUCGGUUGGACGUUUCUCACGUAAUCUCAGCGUCGGGCGGGGUACGGUCAUUAAAGUCAGCCGGCGCGUUAUUCAAGCAAUUAAUGAAGUAUCGACCAACUACAUUGUUUGGCCUAAUAAAGAGCGACGAGCUGAAAUAUCGGAAGUGAUGACAGAAGAAGGAUUCAAAGGAUGCAUCGGCUUUGUGGACGGCACAACAAUUCCCUUACACCAACAACCCGGUCUUGAUGGUGAGGUAUAUUGGGAUCGCAAGAAACAGUAUUCUAUCAACUGUCAAGUGAUAUGCGAUUGUGAUAGAUUCAUCACCUUGUUCAUGACCGGGUGGCCAGGAACAUGUGGUGAUAGCUUAGUUUUCAAGAACAUGAAGGUUCAUUUGGAACCCGAUAGGUUUUUCGACCCUGGUCAAUAUCUUAUUGCAGACUCGGCUUACGCACUAUCGAUGACAACGAUCCCAGCAUAUAAAUCGCCACUCUCAAAGAUAAAUCGAAACACAGAAUUCAAUUAUUGUUUAGCUAAAUCUCGAGUACGCAACGAGCACACAAUUGGGAUUCUCAAGGGCCGGUGGGCCUCCCUCCAGCAGCUUCGGUUAUCCUUGUAUACACCCCAGCACAUGGUUGAGAUAAUCUGCUGGAUCAACUGUUGUGUGGCUCUACACAAUAUGCUGGCGCACCUCGGCGACUCUUGGGACGAACUUGCGACCCCAAAUGAUAAUGAUGAGCCAGGUGAUUCAGAAGGAAAUCAUGAAGAUAAUACUGAGGGCCACCGCGAAGAGAUUCAAGAAAAGUGA